GUUCUUCAAAGCCACGAAGGUUGUUGCUGAAUGGCUGCUGCUCCUCCUGUCCUGGAUGUACGAGCAUGUCUACACCCACGACCAGCAAGCUUUCAGCGCGUUCCUCGCAGGACGCCCGGACGAGGACAAUGCCACGUCGCCAGAAUCGAUUUCGUCAUCCAAGCUUUUCAAGAUGUACCUCCGUCCAAGGGUCCCCCGAUGGGCAUUGCUGGAUCCGGUGACAGAGUUUGCAUCCGCGCGUGUCCUCAACACCACGGGAUGGACAGGGGAUCUGGACAAGAUGAUCGUUUUUCACUUCUUGCAUGGUGACUCAGAGGUCAACCGGGACCACACCGCCUACGGUUGGAACGCCCAGUCGGGCUACAGUGGCGGGACAGCCUUGCCACUUCUGGACAUCUUUUACAACCAAACGGACACGCGAGUCUACACGGAGCCUCUGAAGCCCUCAGAGUUCAACUCGGAGCUGCAGCAGGCGCUGAUGGCCUCACGACGACCCUUUCGCCCGAAAGAGAUGCUGCAUUGCGGUGUGUUGCAGUUGAAUCCGUACUCGCCUGGGCGCCAGUCUGCCGACGGAUGA